AUGCCCAAACCCAAAUUAACUCUGGGACAAGCACUGCACGCGAAUGAAAACGGAAGGCAUAGCACACAAAAGGUAAAGAAAAAGAGGCACAUAGCAGCUGCAGGCGUAGAUGCAAGUCCAAACCGAGGCAACUCAUUUUGGCAAGACGAUCAACAAUCAAGUCAAUCAACCCCGGACGGAUGGACGGACGGAGAAAGGAAACGCAAAGCAACGCAACGUAAAGCAAAGCAACGGAAGCAGCCCAGACCGCAAGUCGCAAGUCAACGAAUGUUGAUCAUGGAUUUUCUGAUGAGUCUGUGCUAA